UCUUUUGUUAGGCAAUGUAAGUUUGGGACCAAAAUGGAAUAUAAGCCUAAGAAAUAAGCAACUAGGGUUUUAGGAGUUUUCUUGGAGCAGAGGCCACACUCCGCCCCCCAACACAAAUUCCAAACCCGCUUAAAUUCCCCCCAAUCAAACACCACAAAACCCUAAAAGUAAAAGCACCCAAAAAUGGCAAACGAAAACGAGCAACAAGAAACACAAUCCAAAGAAGAAGAACAUAAUAUGGAAGAAGAAGAAACAGAACCAGCCCCAACAAAGGAAUCAAGAAUGGAAAAACUUAUUAACCGAAUGCAAUCAGAAAAAGUCCCAUUACAAGUACACGAUAUCAUCAUUAAAGGAAAUACAAAAACCAAAGAAUCUGUGAUUGAAGCUGAAAUUCAAGUUCUGAAAACAGCAACAUCUAUGCAAGAGAUGCUUCAAGCUGCCACUAUUGUGAAUGCUCGUCUUCGAAGGCUAGAUAUAUUUGAUUCCGUUACUGUUUUGCUAGAUGCUGGCCCGCCUGAACUUCCCGGAUUUACUAAUGUGGUUAUUGAAGUUGUUGAGACUAAAAGCCCUUUUGGGGCCAGCAAUUUUGGUGUUUAUAAGAAGGCUAGAUCCUGGUCACUUGAGGGUAUAUUCAAGCUCAAAAACAUGUUAGGGUAUGCAGAUAUCUGGGAUGGUGCUUUGUCCUAUAGCUGGGAUCAAACAACUGAAGUUAGUGCUGGUGUCACUUUGCCCAGAUUCAUGAAGAUGAUUAAUAAUCCUGUUGUGGCUCGUGUGUCUCUGCUUUCUCAAGAUUGGCUGAAAUCCUCUUUCAAAGAACAAUCAUUGGGUCUAUCUCUUGGGCUAUGGUCAACCAGGAACCAUGACCUAUCAUACAAUCUCUCUUGGCGAACCGUAACUGAUCCGUCACAAAUGGCUUCCAUGGCAGUGAGAAGGCAGCUUGGACAUAACUUGCUCUCGCAUUUGAACUAUACAUACAAGAUCGACACGAGGAACUCGCCUGUUAGACCAACUAGAGGGUUUGCUUUUGUUUCUACUUCUCAACUCGGAGGCAUUUUUCCAGAUUAUCGGAGUGCCCGUUUUAUCCGACAGGAAUUUGAUAUCCGGAAAGCUGUGCCGUUGGGUUUUGCUAGAGCUGCACUGAACUUUGGGGUGGCUGGUGGUGUUAUAUUUCCUUGGGGAAAUGGAUUCUCAAAGACGCCUGUGUCUUUACCCGACCGUUUCUUUAUGGGUGGGAAUUCCUCUCCUGUUUGCACAUUAGGAGGCCCAACAUCAUUAUUGGGCUUCAAAACUUUAGGAUUGGGGCCCAGUUUGCCAAGGAGGGAGGCUAAAGACAAAGCUGAAGAUGCAGUUUCUGAAAGGGACUAUCUUGGUGGAGACCUGGCAGUCACUGCUUUUGCAGACCUUUCGUUCGAUCUUCCAUUGAAAGUGUUGAGAGAGGCUGGUAUUCAUGGUCAUGCGUUUGCUAAUGUUGGGAGUCUUGUUAAUUUGACCGAGAAUUCUUUUCGUGAUAUGUCACUACAGAAGUACCGCGACUCGUUCCGAAGCUCUGUCGGUGUUGGGAUUGUUGUACCCACUAAGAUGUUCCGUAUGGAGAUAAACUAUUGUCAUAUAUUAAAGCAGAAUGCACUUGACCGAGCAAAAACUGGCAUUCAGUUUAGCUUUUCAUCACCAUUUUAGAAGCCUUGUUCAUCCCAAUGCCACCAGCUGACAGGUAUACUUUGAUAUGUGAAUCUCAUCUUGCGACGAUCCGGAUUUUUGACAGCUUAAAUGUGCCGGUGGUCUUUAUGAGGAAUAGUUAGAAGUACAGUACAUUAAAUAAUAUUAACCUCAUUCCUGAUAUCAUGUUGUUUUGCUUAGAAAGGCUGUGAAAUAGUCCAGCCCUUAGUAACACUCUUGAGGUUUCGACUCUUAAUUUCUGGUUUCUUGUCUCAAUUGGUGGUAUAUUUAGCUGAAUUAAUCUGUUUAACAA